AUGCAUCCCUCAUAUAAUAGCACCACGAAACGAAACAAUCCAUUUUCCCGCAGCUCUCCCUCUCCAUCUCCAGCGCCUCCAGAUUCCUCCGCCAGAGUGUCAGGCCGGCCCAAGUCGGUCACAUUUACCUCCCCUGUACAGACAUACGUUACGGGACACUCACGGAACUCGUCCCUGACGCCAUUGAAUCCUACCUCUACAAAUGGCGUAAAUAGGCAACGAUCUAAUUCAGCACGACACCCCUCCGAAACCUCCAACACGUUUGCUCCGCAGUUUAUAAAAUCGGAAGAGUUACGGAGAGGUGCGGAUCAGAUAAGAGGUGAAGAGGGUGAUAAUGACUUUUCUGGAAAGCGAUACGUGUGGUUGAAGGACCCCGAGAAAGCGUUUAUCCGUGGAGCUGUAGUUCGAGAGACUGAGGAUGGCCUCUUGGUUGUACAGUGCGAUGAUGGCCGCCAGGUGGAAAUCAACCCCGAGAAUGUCGACAAGGUCAACCCGCCGAAGUUCGACAAGGCAGACGAUAUGGCCGAGCUCACUCAUUUAAACGAAGGCUCAGUAGUGCAUAACUUGCACACUCGAUACAAAUCGGACUUGAUAUACACCUAUUCUGGGUUAUUCUUGGUGACCGUAAAUCCUUACUGCCCGCUGCCUAUAUAUUCAAAUGAGUAUGUCAAAUUGUACAAAGGCCGAACCCGAGAGGAAACACGGCCGCACAUAUUUGCAAUGGCAGAUGAGGCUUUCCGCAAUCUUGUGGACGAAGGAGAGAACCAGAGUAUUCUUGUGACUGGUGAAUCUGGUGCUGGAAAGACGGAAAACACCAAGAAGGUUAUUCAGUAUUUAGCGGCCGUUGCUCCUGGUGAUGCUAGCCACGGAAACCUAUCUUCCAAGCAACUAGGGGACCUUUCACAGCAAAUAUUAAGGGCGAAUCCGAUCCUUGAGGCGUUCGGGAAUGCGCAAACUGUACGAAACAACAACUCCUCGCGAUUCGGAAAGUUUAUUCGUAUUGAAUUCUCUCGGACAGGUCAAAUCUGUGGAGCUUUCAUUGAUUGGUAUCUCCUUGAGAAAUCUAGAGUUGUCAAGCUUAAUGCUCAAGAAAGGAGUUACCACAUCUUUUACCAGUUGCUUCACGGAGCUGGCAAGGCACUACGAGACCGCCUACGGCUCUCAAACCUGGAUAUCCAAGAUUUCGCAUACACAAGAGACGGGAAUGACACUAUAGCUGGUGUAUCCGACGGAGACGAGUGGGACUCCCUUAUUGAAGCUUUUGAUACCAUGAAGUUUGGGGAGGACGAUCAGCUAGCGAUACUGCGAACAGUAGCUGCUGUGUUACAUUUAGGGAACAUCACCGUUGGAAAGGAGAGCUUACGCGCGGAUCAAGCUAGGCUCACACAAGAUGAUACCGAAAGCGUCAAACAUGCCUGUUAUCUUUUAGGUGUACCUGUCGAACCCUUUGUUAAAGGUUUACUACACCCCCGUGUGAAAGCUGGACGAGAAUGGGUGGAAAAGGUACAGACACCCGAACAAGUCCGCUUCGCAAUUGAUUCUUUGGCAAAGGGUAUCUAUGAACGCGGAUUCGGAGACCUGGUCAACAGAAUUAACAACCAACUGGACCGUAGCAGAAUUGUCACUGAGGAGAGUCACUUCAUUGGUGUCCUUGAUAUUGCAGGAUUCGAAAUAUUUGGCACAAACAGCUUCGAACAACUCUGCAUCAAUUACACCAAUGAAAAGCUACAGCAAUUCUUCAACCACCAUAUGUUCGUUUUAGAACAGGAGGAAUACUCCCGGGAGCAAAUCGAAUGGCAGUUCAUUGAUUUCGGCAAGGAUCUCCAGCCAACAAUCGACCUCAUUGAAUUAUCCAACCCUAUUGGUAUCUUUUCUUGUCUUGACGAGGAUUCAGUGAUGCCAAAGGCGACAGACAAAACAUUUACUGAGAAACUUCAUUCGUUGUGGGAUCGCAAAUCUCCGAAGUACCACGCGUCGCGUCUAAACCAAGGCUUUAUUCUCACCCAUUAUGCAGCAGAGGUGGAAUAUAACACGGAAAAUUGGCUGGAGAAAAACAAGGACCCCCUCAAUGACAACGUAACUCGGCUGUUAUCCAAUUCUAACGAUCCGCACGUUGCCAACCUAUUUACCGAUUAUGCCGAUGAUGUAUCCAAUGGGACUAGAAGUGUUGUGAAGAAGGGUCUGUUCCGAACCGUUGCGCAGAGGCAUAAAGAACAACUUUCAAGUCUGAUGGCACAGCUUCAUUCAACCCAUCCCCAUUUCGUCCGUUGUAUUUUGCCAAAUAACAAGAAGCGGCCAAAACUUUUCAAUGGGCCACUUGUCUUGGACCAGCUACGAUGCAACGGUGUCCUGGAAGGCAUUCGAAUUGCUCGAACCGGCUUUCCCAAUCGCUUAACUUUCAACGAAUUCCGUCAGAGAUACGAAGUACUCUGUCGUGGCAUGCCCAAAGGUUAUUUGGAUGGGCAGAUGGCUGUCACUUAUAUGGUGGAAAAGCUAGGCCUAGACAAGUCUCUCUUCAGAGUGGGAUUAUCAAAGAUCUUCUUCAGGGCCGGAGUAUUGGCAGAGUUGGAAGAACAACGCGAUACCCUCAUCCGUGAGAUCAUGAAACGAUUCCAAUCUGUAGCCCGUGGAUUUGUUCAAAGACAUAUUGCCAACAAGCGAUUAUACCGUGCGGAAGCUACACGGAUCAUCCAGCGGAACUUCCACCUUUAUCUCAACCUCAAGUCAUCGCCGUGGUGGAGGCUUUUUGCGACCAUGAAACCGCUGCUUGGGGAAACUCGUACUGCAGGCGAGGUUAAAAAGCGAGACGAGAAGAUCCAGCAGCUUGAAGCAAAAGUUCAGCAAGAUCUAUCUGAUCGGCAGAGGAUAGAAGAAGAGCGGCGGAAGGUGGAAGCCGAGAUGCAGCGAGUCAGGAAAACUUUAGAAAGCGAGCGUUCUCUUGCAUUAGACAAAGAGGAAAUAUUCAAACGGCUACAGCUUCGGGAAGUUGAACUCAGCGAGAAGCUAGCUGGAGCAAUUGCUGAUCAAGAGAGCCUGGAAGAUCAAUUAGACGAACUGAUCGCCGCUAAGAAGAAGGUAGAGCAUGAGCUGGACCUUCGCAGGGGCCAGCUCGAGCAAGCAGCACAAAUAAUGGAGAGGCUUGAGGGUGAAAAGAAGGAGCUGCAGGACCGUAUUUCAGACAUGGAGAAGCAGUUAAAAUCAGUUGAAGCUGCUCACGAGAAAUACGAUGAUAAAAUCGAGAAUCUGAACCAGGAGGUCAGAACGCUCAACAGCCAUUUAAGCUUAAAGGACAGGAAGCUUCAGGACCUGGAAGCGAAGCUUUUGACAUCUGACCAACAGCUUGACCUUGAGUUAGCGAACACUACGAAAGAGCUUCACUCAUCUAAAAAGCAGAUCAAAGAACUUUUGGAUCAAAAUCGCGAAAUCCAGAAGCAGAUAACAGAUCUGUCCUCAACGUCAACUGGCUAUGAAGAACUAGUACGACGCAAAGAAGGCGAAGUUGCAGUUCUUAAAGCUGACUUGAAGAAGCAUGAGUUCGAGAAGCGAAGCCUCGAAACAGAAAAGAGAGGCCUAUCUGAUCGACACGAUGAUAUGCAGCGAAGAAUUCGUGACCUACAGGCCGAGAUAGACACCACGAAGCUUGAAAAGGUUAACUUCGAGCGUGAAGCUGCAGAUGCCAGAAAGCUCCUUGAAGAAAAGCUAUCUGAAGACGCAGAGUCAGCCCAAGGCCGGAAAAUGCUAGACAAACAAGUUCAAGAUCUCAAGGCUCAACUUUAUCAAACACAGGCGGAGCUCAGUCGAGUUCAACAAUCAAGAGACGAUGUGCAAAUGCUUUCAGAACACAAGUUUGCACAGCUGAAAGAAGAAUUUGAGGCUCUAAAUGAUUCCAAGAUCACUAUCGAGAAGGAAAUGUAUAUCCAACAGGAUACUCUGCGGAGGGCAAAGGAAGCACGAGCCGCUGCAGAAGAGUCCCGAAAGCAACUUCAAGCAGAAGUUAUCAAACUCAGGGAACGAAUAACAAAGAUCGAGGAAGCUCGCCUGAAUGCCGAAACCUCCCUUGCAAAUAAAAUGACUGCUCAAUCAACUGAAAGGCUAGCCAAACUUCAGACUGAGCUUAACGAGAAAUCCAAGGCCCUCGCCAACGCCGAAGCUGGACACGCCCGUUUAAGCUCUCAAGUUCAAAACCUGAGCAAUUUGAUUGCGGAGUCUGAAAAUUUCCGUACCCAUCAUGACCAGCAUAAGGAGCGGUUGGAGAGGGAAUUGGUGACUGUCAAGGGCCGUCUUGCGGCUUCUGAAAACGAUAAUCGAGCACUUUUGAAUAAGGUCCAGCAAAAGAAUCUAGACAUCGCACGCUCUAACUCAAGGGUUGGUGAUACUCAACGGGCCAGGUUGGCGCAACUCCAAACAGAAAAAUCACGGCUUGACGAGGCAAACAAGCUACUGACACGCCAACUCGGAGACGCCCAGCUAUCAAUAAAUUCACUUGAGAAACAAAAGGAAAAGCUCGCCUUGAGUGCUGAGGAUUUGAAUCACGAGAUGGCACGCGAGCAUAAAGCUAGUCGAAAUGCAGAGAAGUCUGCUGCCGCAGCUCAGUUACAGUUAGCUGAAGCAAACAGGAAUCUUGAGACGGAACGACAACUAAAAGCUCAAGCGCAAGCUAACACAAGAAAGCUUCAGGCCUCAAUGGACCAAACAAACGCAGAGCUCGAAGACUGCCAUCGACAGCUAAUCCUGCUGCAUAAAGUAUUUGACUCUGACCCAUCACCUGCCCCAAAAUCAUGGGAAACAGUCAAGCCUGAUUUGUCUAAAAAGGUUGACAUGGCUGCUCUGUUGGAGGCCGCUCACAAUGAGCUUCGAAUCAGCGAGGAAAAGCGUUCUCGAGCAGAAAAUCAACUCAACGAAAUGCGUCGCCGGCAUGCAGACGAGAUGAAUGAGCUUGAUGCUCGUUACUCUACGUCAAAGCGUGCUCUACUCGAGGAGAUUGAUCAAAAUCAAGUGGCCAACACUAGAUCCCCUUCACAUUUCCGAAAGAAUUCAGAGCCCAACAAGCGUUAUUCUAAUCCUUCAACACCCAAUCGUCGAUACAACAAUCUUAUCGAUGGUGCUGGUGAUUCAGGCCGAUCAGAUCGAACUGUCGAUACUGUAGCAUAUCAGAAGCGAAUGGAUCAUGCUGCAGAAAUAGAGAGCCUCCAAAAUCAGUUGCAGCUCUCUGAGAUGCAUAACCGCCACCUUCAGAGUCAGGUUGGUAGGUCCACUCCGGUUCGAGAUAUGUGGCAGGAUGAAAGUCCAUCUAUCCGGCGGAUGCAGAUACUUGAACGUGAAAAUGGCCGCCUCCAUGAAAAGCUCGAUGAUUCCGCUAAGAAAGUUUCCGCGCUGGAAAAGAAUAUUCAAUCCGGCGAGUUAAGCCUUCGUGAUGUCCAGGCAAAAUCACAUGAAGAGCUCUACGACCUUCUCAGCUCUCAGGAGCAAUCGCGAAGGUCCCUCCUUCAGGUUCACAAGGCGGCCUUGUCAGAUCUCACCGAGGCUAAAGGCGAGUUCGAGAAACUCAGGCACGCAAGGGCUGCUAUGGAGGUAGAGUUACGAGACACAAGAUCUGAGCUUCAAGAGCUGCAGGUUGCACGGGAACAGGACGCGGCCAGCCGCAGCCAAUUACUCCAGGAGUUCUCUGAUCUUCAAAUACGCCUGGAUGCCGAAACCUCCAAGGCUGUUGACGUCGCCUCUAGCUUGAGUCUCUACAAGAGCCGUGCAAACGAAUAUUUCAGCAAAUUGGAGCAAGCGGAGAUAGCAGUUUUGAAAGCUACCCGCGCCGAACAAUUUGCCAAAUCGCAAGCCAAAGAGGCUGAAGACACUUGCGCUAAUAUCAUGUCUGAACGGAAACAAACAGAUAACCUCAUUGAAGACUUGCAGCGACAAACACAAUCCCAAGAAGAAAGGAUCGAAGAUCUUUCUGCCGACCUUGAUGCGGCGCUACAGGCAAAGAGGCGCCUUCAAAACGAGCUCGAGGAUUACCGUAGCCAGCGAGCCAUGGAUAUCGAGGACAAGGAGGCUUCGAUGGAGCAAACCAGGAAGAAAUACCAAAUGGAAUUCUCAACACUUACAAACGAGCUUGAAAUAGAGCGUGAAAAUGUACUCCAUAUUCGAGGAGAAAACACUCGCCUCAAGGAGGAGCUUGAAGAGCUACGAUCCAAGUGGGAUGAUGAGGUCCUAAAUAGCUCGACCUGGUCCAAGGAGAAAUCCAGGAUAGAGAUGACUCUGCAAGACAUUUCAGCAUCCCGAGACGACGCUGUCAAGGCCCAUAACGAAGCUCAAGGCAAGGUUGUUACUUUGUUAACUCAAGUCCGCACCCUUCGUACUUCCGUGGAUGACAUCUCAGCCGAACGUGAUAUGCUUCUCAAGGAAAAGCGAGGUCUCGAGUCCAGGCUUGCUGAAGCGGGAGACCGCCUAGAGGAUCUUGCUAAGGGCGAAAGUCCAAUGCGGAAUGCCGCUGGGAUGGACCGUGAGAUUCUCGACCUAAAAGCCCAGCUUGCCCAGCAAGAGGAUCUCGCAUCCGCUGCGGUUGGCAAGAUGAGGAGAGCAGAAGCUCUAGCGACCGAGGUUCAAAAGGAAAUUGUAGCUCAACGAGAGUCGACUGCCCAACUGUUCAAGGACAAGGUUGCAUUGGAGAAACAGUUCAAAGAGGCCCAGUUGCGAUGUGUUGACCUUGAAACUAAGGGAUAUUCGUCUUCUAGCCAAGAUGUCAGGUUCCUAAAUAAACGAAUCCAGGAGCUUGAAACUCAGCUAGACGACCAAGAGUCAAAGCGGAAUGCUGAGCAGAGGUCUGUUCGUAAUGUCGAUAGAACUGUUAAAGACCUCCAAACGCAGAUCGAGAGACGAGACAAGAUGAACAAUCAACUCACUGAGGACAUCGGAAAGUCUCGCGACAGGAUCGAACGUCUUCUCCAAACCAUUGAAGAACUUCAAACCAGCGAUUCCGAAAAUCAACUUCAGGCUCGUCGUGCUGAUCGUGAACUGCGUGAGGAGCGCGAAAAGUCUCUCCGACUGGAGCGAGAGCUAGAAGGCUGGAAGGCUCUACGAAUGGAGCGAGGUAGUGUAGCCGGGAAAGGGCCAGCAUACGGAGGAGUGAGCGAGAUGGGCGACAGGUUCAGCCGUCGAGGAAGCGGAGUAUAUAUCGGAUCUGGGAUUGAGGUUCCUCAGCGGAAGAUGAGCACAAGCAAGGGGUUCUUGUAA